GGCAAUUCGUUUCCACAACGGCGACCGCAACCUCGGUGUCGCUCCCGGCUGACGUCACCCGCAAGUCCUCUAUGCCUUGCACGGCGACCUGCUCUUGAGUGGCAGCCGGCCCUUCCAAUGGGCUGUCCGGCGGGUCACGUGUUCUAUCUGGCAGGGCGGCGUGGAUUCUGCAGCAGAUUGGUGAGUCUAAUUUACUUUUCGGGGGGUUUGGAGCGGGAUUUAUCGCCGCGACGAGCGAAAACGGGGUCAAAACACGCGGAAAGCGGGGUUCAUCGGCUGGGGGUGGGGGGGAGCCCUUCUAGAGCCCGGGAGCCGCCAGGGCGGCGUGCUGGAGGUCCCCCGGUUUGUUGAGUAUAAACGAGCAGGAGGCUGAGAGCAGGGAGGAUCGCCCGGGCCUGGCCGCGCUGCUGUAGACCUGAGUGGAAAACGAGAGAGCGCCGCCUCACGACCGCCUGGAGCCGGUGAGCGAGGCUGCCGGAGCGCCCGGUCUCUCACAGAGACAGACAGGGAGGGAGAGGAGCAGAAAACGAGAGAGCGCCGCCUCACGACCGCCUGGAGCCGGUGAGCGAGGCUGCCGGAGCGCCCGGUCUCUCACAGAGACAGGGAGGGAGGGAGAGGAGCAGAAAAUAAGAGAGCGCCGCCUCACGACCGCCUGGAGCCGGUGAGCGAGGCUGCCGGAGCGCCCGGUCUCUCACAGAGACAGACAGGGAGGGAGAGGAGCAGAAAACGAGAGAGCGCCGCCUCACGACCGCCUGGAGCCGGUGAGCGAGGCUGCCGGAGCGCCCGGUCUCUCACAGAGACAGACAGGGAGGGAGAGGAGCAGAAAACGAGAGAGCGCCGCCUCACGACCGCCUGGAGCCGGUGAGCGAGGCUGCCGGAGCGCCCGGUCUCUCACAGAGACAGGGAGGGAGGGAGGGAGGGAGAGGAGCAGAAAAUAACAGAGCGCCCGCCCAGCCUAGGAAACCAUUAUACACCCAUAAAUAACACCGCGGACCGGUUUUUUCUUUUUUUUUUUUUCAUCUUCUGAACUUUUUCAAACAAGACAAAAAGUCGCUGCAUUAUUCCCCCCCCCCCCCCCCCCAGAAGACAAGAAGAGUUGGAAUGAAACUGAAGCCGUGACUCUGAGCAGCAGGAGGAUUGUCACCAGCAUCGUGUAUUCAGAAGAUACAGGGCAGCCUUGAGAUUGUGUUUGAGAAGGGGACGGACGGACAGACAGCGGGGCUUCAUUCUCAAGAGCAGUCAAAGCCCUGACCCCAGCCCUGGACAGACAGACAGACAGGGGAUAAGGGUGUCAGCAAAAAGCUAAAUAUACACACAGACAGACAGACAGACAGACAGUGACAGGCUUCUUCAAGUCUGUUGUUGCAGACGGACAGACGGAAACGCUGUUUAUUUAUACCAGCUCUCCGUUCGUGACAGACAGCCCCAGAAGCCAAACACGCAAGAGCUAACGGACAGUGAAAGAACAAAAAAACAGAAGGGCCGACAGACAGACAGACGGACAGCGAGCGCCGGUCCCUCUCGUCUCGCGGACGGACGGACGGGCCGAGAUGAUGUCGGAGUUCAUGGUGGAGUGCCCCCGGUCCCCCUCCCCCUCCUCCUCCCCCCCCUCCUCGAUGUACGUGCAGCACCAGUACAUGUGCAGUGAGUGCGGGCAGCUGUUCAACGCGCUGGAAGAGGUGCUGGUUCACCAGCAGAGCCACUUCCCCUCGGCGGGGGCCCUCUACGAGGGGGAGGGAGGGGAGCUGGUGGAGCUGGAAGAGGAGGAGGGGGUUCCUGUCCGGGAGGGGGAGGAAGGGGAAGAGCAGAUCCACAUCGCGGGUCUGGCCGGGCUCCACGAGAACCACUACCAGUGCCUGGAGUGCGGGCAGCUGCUGGUGUCCCCCGACGAGCUGCUGCAGCAUCAGGAGCUGCACAUGAGAGGCGUGGCAGAGCAGCAGGGUCCCGCUGGAGAGUUCAUGGAGGAGGGAGAAGCGGAGCAGAGUCCUGGCGGGGCUGCCCUCGCAGCCGUGCCCCCCAGUACCCACCAGAUUCAUUACCAGUGUCUGGAGUGCCAGGCUCUGUUUGACUCGCCGGAGGUGUGGCUGGCUCACAGGCAGACUCACAGCAAGCCCCAGCCCCAGGGAAGCAGAGACGCUGCCCCCCUGUCCCAGACCUCCAACCCUGCAGGACCGCAGACCCAGCAUGCAGAGAUUCUGGUUCAGACAGACGGUCCCGCAGGCCCGUUUCUGAAUCUGCAGAACCUGGUUCUGAGUGAGCACCACUACGAGAGGGAAGGGGAGAUUCUAACCCUGGCUCAGGUCCUGGCGUCCCGGCAGCUGCAGAGUUCCUCUCGAGGCCUGGCUGGCAUCGCAGGAACCGCGACCCUGCAGCUGCAGAUCUGCUCGGCGCAGGCCAUCGCCGCGGCGACGGCGCAGCACAGCAGCAAAAACCCGGCCUCCCUGACCCAGCCUCAGCCCUUCUUCCUGACUCGCACGCAGCCCGGGGCGGGGGGAGAAGGGGGGAACCUCCUGAUAGCCUGCUCGGGGGGGACGGAGCACUCCUACCAGAGACUGCCGGCCGCCGCCGCAGCGCCCCCUGCUGCCUCGGAGGAGGAACAGCAGCAGCAUCGAAGCGAGGUGGAGCCGGAGCCGAUGGAAAUGCAUCCGUACGAGUGUUCGGAGUGCGGUCUCCUGUUCCAGACGCCGGAGGAAUUCCUGGAACACCAGGGGGCGCAUUUCAUGGAAGCGGACAAAGAGAGCGGGGAGACGGUGAUCCCGCAGGAGGUGAACGGAAGAGGAGGAGGAGGAGGAGGAGAGGAAGAGGGAGGCGAAAAGGAGGACCAAACGUCGAAGGCGGAAAACGGCGACGCGUCGGGAAAGAUGAAGAACUUCGUCAUCGUUUACGAGGGAGGCGGUCAGAACAGCGCCCCCCUCCUCAAGCUCUCCCCGCUGCUCCCUCAUCCCUCCCCCUCCCCCUCCUCCCGGCGCUGCGGAGAGUGCCGGCUGCUGUUCUGCACGGCGGAGGAGCUGGGGCGUCACCGGCGGCUGCACCACGCCCCUGAGGAGUUCCGCUGCCCGGAGUGCGGCCGGCUCUUCACCUCAGCCAACCGGCUCUCCGCGCACAGCAAGGUGCACCAGGACGGCACGCACCAGUGCCCAGAGUGCAGCAAGGUGUUCAAGAAGCCCGGCUCCCUGCAGCAGCACGCCCGCCUGCACAGCGGAGAGGCGCUGCACCUCUGCCUGGACUGCGGGCUGGGCUUCGCAACCGAGAUGACGCUGGUGGUGCACAGGAAGACCCAUGCGGCUGAGCCCCUCCACCGCUGCCAGUUCUGUGCCAAAACCUUCACCAACAUGACCAAGUACCUGUACCACCGGCGCACCCACACGGGCAAGAGCGGGGUCCCGUCGAGCCCCGGCAAUGCCACGGCAACCGUCCACGCGAACUCCCCGUUGCUGCUGACGACAGUGACGAUGAAAAUGACAUCACAGCCCCCGCUGGCGGUGACAUCAUCACCGGCAACCAACCUGCGCCAAGGAGAGGCGGAGCUUCAAGAACACGGAGAGCAGGAGAGAGGCUCUGCCCAGCAGCAGCAGCAGGGAGAGGGGAAUGGAAUAGGUGGCGCCCCCUAUGCCGCGGGAGGCGGUACUGCAGCACCAACGAACUGCAACGCAGAACAGCAGCAGGGAUCAGAAAACGGAAACAACGAGGGUCUCGAUAUUGAUCAGGAUGAGCGAAUUGGGGGCAAUAAGUCUUCUGCGACUAUAGAGAUUACCUGUAAUAGUAAUAACAGCAAUAAUACACCUGCUGCUCCUGCUGCUGCUGGUGAUAAUUUCAACAGCAAUCCUGCCAGCCUGCCAGACCCGACUCCCUCCCCGACGGCUUCGCUGGCUCAGGCACCGGGGGGCGCUGCGGAGGCAGGGGGCUUCCCCUGCCCGCUGUGCCCCAAGUCCUUCCCGGCGCAGAUCCGGCUGGUGCGACACAAGCGGACGGUGCACACGCUGGAGCGCAGGUUCAAGUGCAGCGUGUGCGGGAAAGGCUUCAAGAAACAGGUUCACGUGCGGAACCACCUGCGCACUCACACUGGCGAGCGCCCCUUCCAGUGCAGCGAGUGCGGCAAGACCUUCUCCUCCCUCGCCAACCUGACCCGGCAUGGCCUGACCCACACGGGCCAGCGCCCGUACAAGUGCGAGGAGUGCGGGCGAGCCUUCACCCAGUCCUCGAACCUGCAGCAGCACCGGCUCCUCCACUCCUCCAGCCCGCCGUUCCAGUGCCAGGACUGCGAUGCCGCCUUCACCCGCCCCUCCAAGCUGGCGGCGCAUCGCUCCGUCCACACCGGGGUGCUGCCCUACCAGUGCCCCGACUGCCACAGCUCCUUCCUGCGCAGGAAGAUGCUGGAGCUCCACAGGCUGAGCCACGAGGGCAGGGAGCCCAGCCGCUGUCAGAGCUGCGGGGCCGCCUUCGUGGAACCCCAGAAGUUAGCGGAGCACCGCUGUGGGGGUGCUGCCGGGUCCCAGGGUGGUCUCGCCAAGCAGAGGUUCGAGUGCCUGACCUGCGGGAAGAGGCUCAACUCCCCGGCUAACCUGCGGCUUCACGAGCUGGCCCACACCGGGGUGAGACCCUUCAAGUGCUCCCAGUGCCCAAAGGGAUUCACCAACAAGGCCAGCUUGAACCUCCACGAGCGACGGCACUGGGGUCUGAGCCCCCACAAGUGCGCGGAGUGCGGCAAGUCGUUCGUGUCGGCGUCGGGGCUGUCCUUGCACCAGCGCAUCCACACGGGGGAGCGGCCCUACCCGUGCCCGGAGUGCGGGAAGCGUUUCCGGCAGGCGACCCACCUGCGGGAGCACCGGCGCACCCACUCCGGGGAGCGGCCCUUCGGCUGCGAGAUCUGCCCCAAGCGCUUCGUGCAGUCCAUGCACCUGGCGGAGCACCGGCGCACGCACACCGGGGAGCGGCCGCACCGCUGCCCCCACCCCGCCUGCGGGAAGGCCUUCAAGACCUUCUCGAACCUGCGCAGCCACCGCAAGACCCACGCCAAGCAGCAGGGAGAGGGGCAGGGGCAGAUACAGAUACAGGUGCAGCAGCAGCAGCAGCAGCAGCUGCAGGCCCCCACCAUCAUGUGCACGGAGUUUGGAGACGCGAUCGCUAUCAUCGAGACCUCGGACUCCACCCUCCCCAUCGUGGAGACCAUCGAGAUCUACCAGGCAGCCCUGGAGAACGGGCUGCAGCUGGAGAACAUCACCCUGGAGAACAUGCAGGAGGACAGCCUGCAGCUGAUGUGAGACCCAGAGAGACAGGGACACAGCCAGAGAGACAGGGACACAGCCAGAGAGACAGGGACUGCGACACACUGAGAGUCACAGACAGGGACUGAGACAGUCACACACACAAACAGACAGACAGACAGACGCUCAGCAACUGAGCCACAGAUGCAGACAGACAUGCAGACACGCUCAAACAAACCGACACAGUCAGUCAAACUGAUGAACUCAGACACUGAGACCCACUCAGACACAGACAGACACACUCACCCCGAGACGCAAACAAACAGGUGGGCAAACUUACCUGCUCAGCAACUCUGACACACAAACAGAUUGGGCUUCAGAGAGAUGAAGUCUCGCAGUUAGAGCGUAGGAUCCUGUAAAUACUCAGACAGACAGACAGUAGGUCCAGGACGAGGGCUGACUGCACGGAGACAGGCAGAGCUGGUGUAAGAUGUUCUCUUCUGAUCUGUAAAUGCUUGGUGAUUUUUGUACAGGCUUUUUUUUUUGUUGUUGUUGCUUCAUUUAUCCUCUCCUGUAAUUGCUGUACCCCCCCCCGUGUUAAUAAACCAAUAAACUGAUUUGAAGCUGUUUGGAAAUAAA